AUGAAAAGAGCUAUCCAUGGAGACAACACGGCACACCUGGACAUUGCCAGGUCACUUAACAACCUAGGAGCAUCUUGGUACAGUCUAGGUAAUCAGGAGAAGGCAAUCAGCUACUUCGAACAGUCACUUAGGACGAAAGAGGCUAUAUAUGGCGACAACACGGGUAAUUGGGACAUUGUCUCGUCACUUAACAACCUGGGAUCAGCUUGGGGUGAACUCGGUGAGCAGAAGACAGCAAUCAGCUACUACGAACGUGCACUGACGAUGAUGAAAACUAUUCAUGAAGAGAACACAGCUCACCCAGACAUUGUCUCGUCACUUAACAGCCUGGGAUCAGCUUGGAGUGAACUCGACGAUAAGGAGAAAGCACUCAGCUACUACGAACAGGCACUAUCUAUGCAAAAAAGUUUGUAUGGUGACACCACGGCACAUGCAGACAUUGCGUCGACGCUAAACCACCUUGGAUCAGUUUGGAGUGAACUCGACGAUCAGGAGAAAGCCAUCAGCUACUACGAACAGGCACUAACCAUCAUGAAAACCAUCCAUGGUGACAACACCGCACAUCCGGACAUUGCACCCAUGCUCUACAACCUGGGAGAAGCUUGGGAUGAUGUCGGUGAUCAGGAGAAAGCAAUCUUCUACUACGAACAGGCACUGUCGAUUGACAAAAGCAUGUAUGGUGAAAACACGGCACAUCCGGACAUUGCAUCGACGCUAAGCCACCUGGGAGAAGCAUGUAAUGAACUCGGUGAGAAGGAGAAAGCAAUUAACUACUACGAACAGGCGCUAAGCACCAUGAAAGCUAUCUAUGGUGACGACACGGCACAUCCGGACAUUGCGUCAACGCUCAACAACCUGGGAGCAGCUUGGGGUGAUCUCGGUGAUCAAGAGAAAGCAAUCACCUACUACGAACAGGCACUGUCGAUUGAAAAAACUAUCUUUGGGGACGACACAGCACAUCCGGAAAUUGCCAGGACACUUUACAAUCUGGGAUUUUCUUUCAGUGAUCUUGAUGAUCAUGAGAAAGCAAUAAUCUACUACGAACAGUCACUAACGAUGGACAAAACUAUUCAUGGGGAAAACACGGCACACAUUGACAUUGCGAUGACGCUGACUACCCUAGGAUUGUCAUGGAGUGAACUGGGUGAUCAGAAGAAAGCAAUUAGCUACUAUGAGCAGGCAUUGACGAUGGAAAAAAGUAUCUAUGGAGAGAACACGGCACAUGCGGACAUUGCUGCGUCUCUUGAACACCUUGCAUUAGCAUGGAGUAAAAUUGGCGAUCAGAAAAAAGCGACGGAGUAUAAAGAACGAUCGCAAAAUAUGUCUAGGGAGCUUGAUAACUGA